UAUUACUUGGUGUUAUUUCAGAUUAGAAAUGUAGUGAUCAGACGGAAUAAAAAUGAAAAUGGAGGAACGAUUCUAGAAUCCUUGUCAGGACUGGAUACUGGAAAUGAAGGCUGCAGAUGAGAAAGGAAGGAAAUGAGAAAUAAAAAGAGUCUCCUUCACAUCUAAAAUAUAAGAUGAAGUUCCAGGAGAGGAUAGGAAUGGCUGUGAUAGGGUUCAGCAUGGCAUCUCUCCUAUUCAUGCUCCAUGAUCUCAGCUCUACCCCAGAACCUAGGAUGGAGCCGGGGUCAAAUGUAAGGGCAGAGACUCCUGAAAGUUCUUCCGGGUUUAAAGGACGGAUUCUACAGAAGACAAUAAACUCCAGUACAGAGGUUAUAGAAGAUCCAACUGGUAUCCAGGCUCAAGAACAGAUUGUUGAACAGCGGGAUGAAUUUCACGAUGUCUCGGCAGCCGUUCUAGAAGCUUCUCAGGGGAAGAUGUUUGGAGAUGUGAUGAAUCAGCUGACGGAUGUCAGUGAAUCCGAGGAGCCCGAAACACUGGCAGAUUUGACCGGGCAUCGAAUCAAACCGAAGAGCUCAACCUGGAAGAAAUUUCAGCUUGGUAUCUCAACAAUGCAGAUUUAUCCACAAAGUAGUGAGGUGGUGAGGAAGGUUUUAUUCAAGAUGCAAACUCUACCCAUUGUGGGUAUAACACAGUUAGAGGGUGGAACACAGCUUAAACUUAUCCUGGAGUUCGAGGAUGGAGGAAAAGCAUUGUUUAAACCUAUGAGGUUUGAUAGAAGCCAAGAGACACUACCAAACCAUUUCUAUUUUACUGAUUAUGAGAGACAUAAUUCAGAAAUUGCAGCUUUUCAUUUAGAUAAACUUCUUGGAUUUAGGUGAAAAAUUAUUAAGGAUAUCUAUUCUCUAGCAGAAGGAGAUCUGCUGAAAACCUUCUUUAUCUCUCCGGCAGGAAACCUUUGUUUCCACGGGAAGUGUUCCUACUACUGUGACACGGGACAUGCUAUAUGUGGGAAACCAGAUUUACUGGAGGGAAGCCUGGCCGCCUUCCUACCCGACAAAUCUAUCGCCCCACGCAAAACAUGGCGGAGCCCCUGGAGGCGGAGUUAUCACAAGCGGCGGAAGGCCCACUGGGAGAUUGAUGAGAAUUAUUGUGAUGCUGUUAAAGAAACUUUCCCUUUCAACCACGGUAGAAGAAUAUUGGAUGUGAUUGACUUCUCAGUUUUGGAUUUCCUAAUGGGUAACAUGGAUCGACAUCAUUAUGAAACUUUUAAAAGUUUUGGAAACAAAUCCUACCCGAUCCAUCUCGAUCAUGGACGAGGAUUCGGAAAAGCUAAUCAUGAUGAGAUGUCUAUUCUAGCUCCUCUCUAUCAGUGUUGUAUGUUGAGAAGUUCAACCUUAACAACCCUCCUCUCCUACAACUCUGGUCCUGUCCGACUCUCCGGAGCAAUGAGAAGAUCUCUCUCCGAGGAUCCAGUCUCUCCUGUUCUCCUUGAACCCCACCUCACCGCCCUGGAUCGCAGGGUUGGGAUUAUUCUCCAGGUGGUUCGGGAGUGCUUGAGCCGAACCGAGGAUCCGAGUUCUGUAAUCAUUCUCCGGGAUGAUAUUUAUAAUAAUGUGAAACCUAAUCAGCCUGAGGAUGAUGGACAUUAUUUCAGCUGAUAGAUCUGGUUGUUCUUUAACCUGUGCAUAUCGAGCUUUAUUCAAGCGUGCCAAUUAUCUUUUCAAACACAAGUCUGUGAACGGGCAUUUUUGACUGAACGGUGAAUAGUAAAUAGUGAUAAUAAAAAACUCUUUUCGAGAAUUCUCACUUUUUCUUUUGAAAAAGUUUUUGUUGUUGCAUAAUUCAUAUGUAAAGUUAUCAUAAAACUUUUAAACCUUGGUUUGGUUUAAAAAUGUAUAUUUCUGUAUGUAUAACAGUUUUAGAAUUUGAAUUUCGAGCUUAAAUUAAAAUCCAGUAUUUUUAUUGGUUAAAUGCCGCGAUUGUUCAGAUAAUUGGUGAUGGAUUGGUCAUUGAGAAGAGAUUUUUUGAAAAAACCAUUUUGGAUUUGUUAUCAGGGAAGAAAUUAUGUUUUUUUGUCUCUAAUGAUUAAUUAUCUGAACAAUUCAAUUCAGCACUUUUAGAGAAAUAUCUAACAUUUUGUUAAUUUAAUAUCGAAUUUAUAAAAAGAUUUCGAAAUUAUGAAAAUUGAUUUCAAUUUUUCUAACAGAAUGUUUGGAAUAUCUCACAAAUUUGUAUGUUCCUAACAUUUUGUUAGAAACUUCGAACAAAAUGUUCGUAAUUUCAAAAUGCUUUUGGUGUAAGUUCGAUAUUAUGAGGGAAAAUGCUAAGGGUUCAUCUAACACUCAGUCAAUGUGAAAACUAAACUGAGUUAGAACAGUCGGCAUUUAGUUAUAUUAACUCAGUAUUUUUAUAGCCAUCCACAAUAUGCAUUGCACAAAAAUAUAUAGGUAUCUUUCGUUUUUAUGUACUGUGUACAUUGUACAUUAUAUAUGUACACUUUUUAAAUCAAAGAGGGUUUAUAUGCUAGGGAAUACGGGAUCUUUAUAAAGAUAACAGUUUCAAUAAAAAAUAACAUUAAACAAUACUUUUUAUUUAUUGCGGGGGAAGGGACUAUUUGAAGCGAUAAAAAGUUAAAUUUUUUCCACUGAAUCGAUUGAUGGCUGUAGUUCAGAAAAAUCAGUACUUACUUUCGUUUUUUAAUCAGAUAGUUUCCUUCGACCUUAGUAACAUAUUUUCUAUUCUUUUGUAAUUCUUGUAAUAGUUGCAUUAUCGAUAUUUAAAAUGUAAACUCUGCACAGGGCAAUUUAUGAACUAUAAUUAUAAUUUAAACUGUACAACGUACAGUGUAUUGUACAUGCAUAAUAGUGGUAUCUGAAACAAUUUUGUAACCAAUCUACGCAGCUUACGUCAAGAAAACAGAAUUAUAUUCAAUGAAACUGAUAACUCAACACAAACUUUUACAGUCCCUAUAUCUUUGCAACCUAAUAAUGGUUACCUUUGUAUUUUAUAUUAAAACUUGUUAGUUUAAAAUGUCAAAGAUUUACAACAUCAGGUUGUAAAGAUAUAGAGAUUAGAAAAUGAAAUAUAGAGAUAAGUAUUCAGUUUCUAUGCAUAUUUUAAAAUUUAAUUGAAAUUAAUUCAACUAUUGCAUGAAAAGUGCAAUUUCAAAAAUUUGCACCAAAAUUUUAACAUACAAACUGUGAUAUUUCUUACAAUAUGUAAUCAUUGUCUAUCUGCAAUAUAUGUUUAUUGUUUUAAAUAAAUUUUGAAUGUU